AUGUUAACCAAAAUUGAAGACCCGAUUGAACGCAAACGGCGUUUCCUGAAUGACUUGUGCCGACGCGGACCCGAGGCCUACAACCUAUUCUCCGAAGUGCUCUACGGUGUGGAUCAGGUGCCGGCGGCGCGUAUACUCAGGCCGAGUAUAUUUACGGGUACUUUUAGUAAACAGCAAGUGAUGGAGAAUAUCACGAGUUCGCCGCUCACGGAAGUGGCGGCCGAAGUGUUCCCGUCGGGUGGUGUGGACUCCGGCGACCAUUCCGUGCCCUACGUUCGCAGCCCGACGUCGACUAUUGUCUGCUCCAUUGAAAACCCAGAUUUGCUGACAAGCGUUAAGAAAUGCAAGAAAGAGAUGAAAGGCGCCAAUAUUUACCGAAUGCGUGCCGACCCGCGCGGCUAUUGUCUCAUUUUCAAUACAUUCAAAUACCUCAACGAUUGCUAUCCACAGCGCGCCGGCUCUGAGGCCGAGACCAAACGCAUGACCGAUGUGUUCACACAAUUGCACUUCAAUGUCGAAGUGAGAGAGAAUCAGACGAAGGAUGAGAUGGAAGCGGCGCUGAAGGACUUCUCGAAGAGGUUCGAGCUCUCAAAACACGACGCUUUCAUUCUUAUGGUGUUAUCUCACGGACACUCUGGAUAUGUCGUCGCUGCGGACGGAGUGUCCCUUCACUUCAAUGACAUAAUAAAGCGCUUCAACAACGAGAACAGUCCGCAUCUCAUCAAUAAACCCAAACUAUUCUUCUUUAACUGUUGUCGCGGCGACACUCACGAUUUGGGGCCAAAAUUCGUUUUGGAUGACUUCGAGGACGCUGUGAGCGAUGCCCGCAGUUUUGAUACCCGAUCGGUGCCUCUCAAUGGAGAUAUGAUGAUCUGUUACUCCACUAUUGACGGUUACGUCUCGUGGCGUAAUGAGAACACGGGCUCCUGGUUUGGGACAGCGCUCUGUCAGUCACUCGCGAAACAAUCGCAUUCCUAUGAAUUACACGCUAUUCUCACAACUACUUCACAUUUGGUUAACAAUAAGUCGACGUCUGAUGGAGAGAAGCAAGUGAUGGAGCAUUCGUACAGAGGGUGGAAGAAAUUGUUUUAUUUCAAUCCAGGAAUCGCUGAGAACCGUGAAUCCACUUCAUCUCCCAUUUGUUAAUCAAAAGUCAUUAUAAAACUAACGCUCAAAACGAUAGCAUGUAUUAAGUCUUAACAUUAAUUAGAUUAGAGAGCUUUUAAUCAUAUAUUUUCACCAGAAGUGCCAUUAAAUAUGUUAUUACCGUAAAUACCUUCCAAAUCAUAAUCUUCUUCAACGAAAAGCGCAACAAUUCGUGAUUUUUUAUACAUAAAUUCAUUCCAUUAUAACAAAUAUAAUAAAUAAUUCUACAAUUAAUUUAUACUUAUAAUUAAAUGCCAUAUUAUAUACAGUACUUCCCAAGUCUUUCAUGAAGAUUAUUAAUUUAAGAGUUAAUCAGAAUUUCGUUAUAAAGUUUUGCAAUACUUAAUAAUUAUUUAAAAUUGUUUUUUCUUUUGAAAAUAAUUCAUAUUUUAUUA